UAACUUGCUUUUAAAAUGCCAGGCAGCUUGUUGUCGCAUGCUAGGAUGUUUUUUUGGCUACUCCGCGAAUGUUAGCUUCUUACUUUUACUAGCUAGCUAACGCAACUUGGGUUUUUAGUGAUAUUAGCUAUCGUUGGCUACUUGGCCAGAAGACUUACUGAAAACACAAAGCAGGACGAAGAUCUGAGAAGAUCAUCGAGAACAGAGACCGCGCUACCAAAGGGCACAGAAGGAGAGGAUAGGUGUGCUCUCGGGAACGAGAUAGUGUGAUUUUGGUGGCUGGUAGGAGGCGAUGUCGAGCACAGCCAUGAAGAAAAAGGUGCUGCUGAUGGGAAAGAGUGGAUCUGGGAAGACCAGCAUGAGGUCAAUUAUCUUCGCCAAUUAUAUUGCCCGAGACACGCGCCGUCUGGGGGCCACCAUCGAUGUGGAGCACUCGCAUGUCCGUUUCCUGGGCAACCUGGUCUUGAACCUUUGGGACUGUGGAGGACAGGACACUUUCAUGGAGAACUACUUCACCAGCCAGCGGGACAACAUCUUCCGCAAUGUGGAGGUGCUGAUCUACGUGUUCGAUGUGGAGAGCCGCGAACUGGAGAAGGACAUGCACUACUACCAGUCCUGCCUGGAGGCCAUUCUGCAGAACUCCCCUGAUGCAAAGGUCUUCUGCCUGGUGCACAAGAUGGACCUGGUGCAAGAGGACCAGAGAGAUGUGAUCUUUAAGGAGCGUGAGGAGGAUCUGAAGAGGCUGUCCCGCCCUCUCGCCUGCAUCUGCUUCAGGACCUCUAUAUGGGACGAGACACUGUACAAGGCCUGGUCCAGCAUUGUCUACCAGCUGAUCCCCAAUGUGCAGCAGCUGGAGUCCAACCUGCGCAACUUUGCCCAGAUCAUUGAGGCUGACGAAGUGCUGCUGUUCGAGAGAGCCACCUUCCUGGUGAUCUCACACUACCAGUGCAGGGAGCAGCGAGACGCACACAGGUUCGAGAAGAUCAGCAACAUCAUCAAGCAGUUCAAGCUGAGCUGCAGUAAACUGGCCGCCUCCUUCCAGAGCAUGGAGGUGCGAAACUCCAACUUCGCUGCUUUCAUCGAUGUCUUCACCUCCAACACCUAUGUCAUGGUGAUUAUGUCGGACCCGUCCAUACCCUCUGCGGCUACGCUCAUCAACAUCCGCAACGCCCGCAAGCACUUUGAGAAGCUGGAGCGCGUUGACGGACCCAAGCACAGCCUGCACAUGCGCAUGCACUAGAAGCACCGCUCCACCCGCGAACCGCUCGGACACCUGGGCUCCGGCUGACCCGCGCCGUCGACUCACUCAACCAAUCAGCAGCGAGCGUCCAGCUGGCCCAGGCUGCUGCCUCGCAGUCGAAGGCGGAGCCUUCAGAAAUAUGUGAAAUCACCAUGCGUCAUUGCCUCACUCAGCUGCACUGUAUUUUUCUCUGUAAGGAAGCUGUCUUAUACUUGUCAGUUCACGGGUUGGAAGUGUUGGGCAGGUGCGUGAGAUUUGUCAGAGUUCUUGUCACAUGGAAUCUUAUGUGGGGCUGGGAGCAUUUUGUCUGACAACACACUGUCUCCGUAUGUGCGCCUAAGCACUGGACAGAGCCAAAUAUGGUUACAAAAUGUCUUUUUUUUUGUCUUUGAGAAAUAUAUUUCAUUAUGAAUGCUGUAAAUAUACAUCACUAUAUGGCAGUAAUUGUUUUUGUAAAAUUCCUGUUCAUGUGUGUAGACUGGACACGAACUUAACAUAGCAGACCACUGCAAACUUGUCACUCUUUUAAAGUAUCUUGCUCACUUAAGCCAUUUUAUCUAAAGGAAAAAAAAUAAAAGUCUGUCUGGUAA